AUGGUUCGUCAUAACCUCGAAUACCCAAAAGAUAUUCACAACACGGUAAAUCGAUAUAAGCAUCAAGCCGUAUACUCCCUAACCACCAUUCACACAAUAAUCAACACCACACCCGUCCUCCAUGUCUCCUUCACACCAUCCCCCGAGUCCCCAUUCCCCGUUAUCCUCCCGAUGAUCGGUCAAAUGGGCUCUUUCUCCCAUCCUUCUCGCGAUCUAGGCGACCCGCUGGAUUGCUAUCUUCAUGGAUAUGUGAGUAGUAGAAUUAUGAACCUGAGUCGCCAGGAAGGCGGGAAGGGACUACCAGUUUGUAUUGCAGCUAGUAAGGUGGAUGGGUUGGUCUUGACUUUGACACCGAAUUCGCACAAUUACAAUUAUAGAAGUAGUGUGUUGUUUGGGUACGCUCAACUCGUCUCCGACCCCGAGGAGAAAAUCUGGGCUAUGGAGUUAAUAACGAAUUCCGUCCUUCCUAAUCGCUGGUCAAACACUCGUCUCCCUCCGAAUGCAGCCGAAAUGUCCAGCACCCAGAUCCUACGCGUGAGCAUCCAUAGUGGCAGCGCAAAAGUCCGUGAAGGUGUUCCCAAUGAUGAGAAAGCGGACAUAGAGAACGAGGAGCUGUUGAAUGAGGUUUGGACGGGCGUUAUUCCGGUGUACGAGAAUUUUGGAAAACCAGUGCCGGGGCCGUAUAAUAGGGUGAGCGUGCCGGAACAUGUGAGGGUUAGGGAGGAGUGGAAUGAGAGGAAUGAGAGAUAUGCGAGGGAGGCGGCGGGGAAGGAUGCGCCUGUUGCUGGGAAGAAGAAGGAAGCAGAAGGUGAUGAUUGA